UAAUUACUACUACUACUAAUAAGCUAGCAUUUAUAUAAAUGCCUUCUAUGUGCAGGGCACUGUAUCAAAUGUUGUACAGAUAUCUUAGCUGCGGAAAGAGAGAGCAGAGAUGGAACGCUUAUCAUCAGUUUGACUGUUAUCUUCGGUGUAAUUUUUGGAAAGUCCUUUAAUUAGUCUACAUGAGCAAAUUCUUCCCCGCUAUACUAGACACAUCCUCAUCGAAAUCUUGAGGGGGGAAAAAAAACCCAACAACUUUCUCCUGGCCACAGGAGGCGCUGUCUGCGGAGGCUUCGGCUCGCAGCCCGACCUCUCUGCAGCCCCGCCCUAACUCCCCCUUCCCCGGCUCGCCGCCGCCAUGCGCAUGUGCGGCUUCGAGGAUUGGCCGCGCGCGGGAGCCGUCGUGCCGGUGGCGGGUCCCCGCGGCGGGAGGAGCGGCCGCGGGGCUGGCUGGCUGGCUGGCAAGCAGCGGGCGGGCGGGCGGAAAGAUGGCGGCGGCGGGCGCGCGGGCUCCGGGCUGCCGGGGCCAGUGGCGCAGGGCUUGAAAGAGGCGCUGGUGGAGACGCUCACGGGGAUCCUGUCGCCGGUGCAGGAGGUGCGGGCGGCCGCCGAGGAGCAGAUUAAGGUGCUGGAGGUGACGGAGGAAUUUGGAGUUCACUUAGCAGAGCUGACUGUGGAUCCACAGGGAGCAUUAGCUAUUCGUCAGUUGGCAUCAGUCAUCUUGAAACAGUAUGUGGAAACCCACUGGUGUGCCCAAUCAGAGAAGUUCAGGCCUCCUGAAACCACAGAAAGGGCAAAAAUUGUUAUCCGGGAGCUGCUGCCCAAUGGGCUGAGGGAAUCAAUUAGCAAGGUCCGUUCCAGUGUGGCAUAUGCAGUGUCAGCCAUUGCGCAUUGGGACUGGCCAGAGGCCUGGCCCCAGCUCUUUAACCUGCUGAUGGAGAUGUUGGUGAGCGGAGAUCUGAAUGCUGUUCAUGGAGCCAUGCGGGUGCUGACAGAAUUCACUCGGGAAGUAACCGAUACACAAAUGCCACUUGUUGCUCCUGUUAUUCUCCCAGAGAUGUAUAAGAUCUUCACCAUGGCAGAGGUUUAUGGUAUUCGAACCCGUUCCCGUGCUGUGGAGAUUUUUACCACCUGUGCUCAUAUGAUCUGUAACAUGGAAGAGCUGGAAAAGGGGGCUGCCAAAGUGCUGAUCUUUCCUGUGGUUCAGCAGUUCACUGAGGCCUUUGUUCAGGCUCUCCAGAUGCCAGAUGGCCCUACAUCUGACAGCGGGUUUAAGAUGGAAGUGCUAAAGGCAGUAACGGCCUUAGUGAAAAACUUCCCCAAGCACAUGGUUUCCUCCAUGCAGCAGAUCCUUCCAAUUGUGUGGAACACCUUGACUGAAAGUGCAGCUUUUUAUGUGAGGACAGAAGUGAAUUAUACUGAGGAAGUAGAAGAUCCUGUGGAUUCUGAUGGUGAAGUGCUGGGAUUUGAAAAUCUUGUCUUCAGCAUUUUUGAAUUUGUACAUGCCCUACUAGAAAACAGCAAAUUCAAAAGCACUGUGAAGAAGGCAUUGCCUGAGCUGAUUUAUUACAUUAUUUUAUACAUGCAAAUAACUGAAGAGCAGAUUAAAGUGUGGACAGCCAACCCCCAGCAGUUUGUUGAAGAUGAAGACGAUGAUACUUUUUCCUACACUGUCAGGAUUGCAGCCCAAGACCUGUUGCUGGCUGUGGCCACUGAUUUCCAGAAUGAGAGUGCAACGGCCCUGGCUGCUGCCGCCACUCGGCAUUUACAGGAAGCUGAGCAAACCCAAAGCAGUGGCACUGAGCACUGGUGGAAGAUCCAUGAAGCUUGUAUGCUGGCUCUGGGCUCUGUGAAGUCUAUCAUUACUGACAAUGUGAAAAAUGGCAGGAUCCAUUUUGAUAUGCACGGGUUCCUAACCAAUGUCGUCCUCGCAGACCUCAAUCUCUCAGUCUCUCCUUUCCUGUUGGGCCGGGCUCUCUGGGCUGCAAGUCGGUUCACUGUUGCCAUGUCCCCUGAGCUGAUCCAACAGUUCCUACAGGCAACCGUGAGUGGUCUGCAUGAGACCCAGCCCCCGUCGGUGCGGAUAUCUGCUGUCCGAGCCAUCUGGGGUUAUUGUGACCAGCUGAAGGUCUCAGAGAGCACCCAUGUGUUGCGGCCCUUCCUUCCCAGUGUCCUGGAUGGCUUGAUUCACCUGGCAGCACAGUUCAGCUCAGAAGUCCUCAAUUUGGUGAUGGAGACACUGUGCAUCGUAUGCACAGUAGACCCAGAGUUCACAGCCAAUGUGGAAAACAAAAUCUGUCCAUUCACCAUUGCCAUUUUUCUAAAAUACAGCAAUGAUCCCGUUGUUGCCUCGUUGGCUCAGGAUAUCUUCAAGGAACUGGCCCAGAUCGAGGCUUGUCAGGGUCCCAUGCAGAUGAGAUUGAUCCCGACUCUGGUCAGCAUUAUGCAGGCGCCUGCUGACAAGAUCCCUGCUGGACUGUGUGCGACAGCCAUUGAUAUUCUGACCACAGUGGUUCGAAAUACAAAGCCGCCUCUCUCUCAGCUACUCAUCUGCCAGGCGUUCCCCGCCGUUGGACAGUGUACUCUAAACACAGACGAUAAUGCCACCAUGCAGAAUGGUGGUGAGUGCCUUCGGGCCUAUGUGUCGGUGGCCUUGGAGCAGAUUGCACAGUGGCGUGAUGAGCAGGGUCACAGUGGUCUGUGGUAUGUGAUGCAAGUAGUGAGCCAGCUCCUUGACCCCCGCACCUCCGAGUUCACUGCUGCGUUCGUUGGCCGCCUGGUCUCCACCCUCAUUUCCAAGGCUGGGAGGGAGCUAGGUGAGAAUCUGGACCAGAUCCUCCGUGCCAUCCUCAGCAAGAUGCAACAGGCAGAAACGCUCAGUGUCAUGCAGUCUCUGAUCAUGGUCUUUGCCCACCUGGUCCACACUCAGCUGGAGCCCCUCUUGGAAUUUCUGUGCAGUCUCCCAGGACCAACUGGUAAACCUGCCCUGGAGUUUGUUAUGGCUGAGUGGACAAGCCGGCAGCACCUGUUCUAUGGACAAUAUGAAAGCAAAGUCAGUUCUGUGGCUCUGUGCAAGCUGCUCCAGCAUGGCAUCAAUGCAGAUGACAAGCGUCUGCAGGACAUCAGGGUCAAGGGAGAGGAGAUCUUCAACAUGGAUGAGGGCAUCCGCACUCGUUCUAAGGCAGCCAAAAACCCUGAACGCUGGACAAACAUUCCUUUGCUGGUCAAGAUCUUGAAGCUAAUCAUCAAUGAGCUCUCCAACGUCAUGGAGGCAAAUGCCUCUCGCCAAACACCAGCGGAGUGGAGUCAAGAUGAUUCUAACGAUAUGUGGGAAGACCAGGAAGACGAGGAAGAGGAAGAUGAAGGCUUAGCCGGGCAACUCCUUUCUGACAUUCUUGCCACAAAUAAAUAUGACGAGGAUUAUUAUGAAGAUGAUGAAGAGGAUGAUCCAGAUGCCCUGAAGGACCCCCUCUAUCAGGUCGAUUUACAGGCCUAUCUGACUGACUUCCUGUGCCAGUUUGCCCAACAACCCUGCUACGUGAUGUUCUCAGGCCACCUUAAUGACAACGAAAGGAGAGUGCUCCAGGCAAUUGGCAUCUAAGCUUCUGUCAGCCCAGCCACUCACUGUUCUGUAGCUUUCACUGAUGUCGAGAUGUACCUUUCUCCUAUUCUGGAGCUGCCUCCCAGCCUCUGGCCCCUCCCUGAGCUACACACACUGACUGAAGCACAGACUGGGCUCACCAAAGCGGUCAUAAGAGGGAUGCUGGCUCGAGGGAUUUGGGGCAUUCCCUCCUGAGGACAUUCUAGCACAAAAAACCAUCCAACCCCUGCCUCCGCCCCUGGCCAUACGCAGGGCUAUUUCCGGAGCCCUUUGCUGGACAGCCCUGAAACGUCCUUGGCCAGAAGAGGCAGGGGUUUCUGUGUUGAUGGAUUCUUUUUCUCCUUCUCUGGAUAAUCAAAAGACAUGAUCAUUCAUGUCCCACAAAUUGACCUUCUUCCUACCCUGACUUUCAUAGGACAACAGGCAUGUUUGAAUAGGAAUUCCGUUUUUGUCACCAGCCCCAUACCACCGACUCACUAGGUUCUGGUUGGAAAUGAAGAGCAAGUGGAUUCCUGGUUGUCUCCAGUGACCCUUUCUCCUCUUCCUUUACCCCCCAGCCUCCAAAGUCUUUCUACUAAAAUUCAUCAGUUGAUAAAAAUCAUCACAUUUUUGCUAUACUGCAUGAAACAACAAAACCUUCAAACUGCCCUUCUCACACAUAACGCACACAGUAAACAUGACAGAAGGCAGUUUAGGUUUCAUUUUUAAGAAAAAUACACAAGGAUUUUUUUAUGACCCACCACCCCAAAAGUUUGUUUAAUUUGCCUGCCAUACACAUCCAUGUGAGCCAGUCUGCCAUGCAUUUUCCUCUCUUCCUCUCUACCUUCCCCCCACUCUAUCCCCAGUGUCCUCAGAAAUGGUUGAGUUGUAGCCCACAAAUUAGCAAUGUGUAUUUUUCUAGGACAGUAACCUUUACAAAUGAAUUUACUCCCAUGUGGUAUGAGGUGCCUCCCCAAGCACCUCUUUGCCUUCAGUUCCCUUUGGGGGGAAAAAGUAAAAAUAAAGAGAUAAAAAAAGAACUUAGGUGAAAUCCAGUCUGAUAGGAGCUGUAAAUGUAAAGCCCCUGAGGCUUUCCAUCUAGUACCAGCACCAGGUGGUAAUUUCUAUACGGAUGUGUGAUGGCUUCCACCCCAGGCCAGGCUCAUUGCCAUGGUGGCCAGCCUUGGAGGCACAAGUGCAGGGUUGGGGGAGUGGGGGCUAGUCAUUGCUACCCUAACCCCUAAGGUACUGUCUCCUUACUCUCCCUAUUCCUUUCUUUCCUUCCAUUCCACACCCCACCAUCCUUUUCACCACUGCCACUUCUGUACCCAAAGGAUUUUUAGCUGUGGCUCUAACAACCUUUGUGUGUAGUGGCUGAUCUCCAGCUCUCUGCUUUUUACAUUCAUGAGCGAACCCACAGCUUCCCAGGCUGAGGGAAGCAGUUGGUUGUGCCCCUUACGAUCUGUCAGUUUAAUUGGGAUUUGGGGAUUCUCCGUCUUUUUUUUUUUUUUUGGCCCUGCGUUCAGAAAGAUUGAAAGUAAAUUUUGUUCUGGAGUCUGCAGUGGAGGCCUGGGUCAGAAGAGUUCAGGGUUUGUACCCUUGCUUAGGUGAUUGCCUAAUUACCUAAUUAUUUGGCAGCAAUUGCUGCCAAAGAAUAGAAGAGAUUCGACUAGAUAAGCUUAGGUCCUUUCCAUCACAAAGAUCCUAUCAUUGCUCUGAGAUCUAAAGUCACACGGGGUAAAUUAGAGUGCAGUGCAGUUGGCUUUGGGGAUGUAGGAUGGUGAGCAAUUGUGGCCAAUGCUACCUUCUGCCGCUAGGUGUCCCUGUGACUCUACCCCAAAUGUGGGGAACUUAUAAAGACACAAAGCAUGAUUGCCGCCAGUCAAAAUGACAGGGCCAUCUCUUGGCUGAUUUCUUGGCUCACUUUACAGCUGAGACAUCACAUGGGAUGCAUAUUCCCAUAUGGUGCCGUGGAAAAGAGCCAUUUGGAAUGUGGAAUCAAAGGAUGUGGUGGGUUCGAAACCUUCCUCUGCUAUUAACUGGAUUCCUUUGAGGGAAUCGCCCUUCUAGGACUUGGCUUCCUCAUCUAUGAAAUGGGAAAGUUGGGCCAGGUGACCUCUGAUCCCUUGUGGCUGUAUUUCUCUGAUAGUAAUGUCUCUGCUUCUAAUGGUGGGGCAGAAACAUUCUCCUGGGCUCUUGGAGACUUGACCUUAGUGGAGUAUCAGGGCUUUCAUCCUUUAGAGCAGUUGUCAAACUCCCAUAGAAUUGGGGGCCACUAAAACAAGAUAAGGAACCCAGCAGGCCCAUAGUGACUUAGAAAACCACAUAUUGACAUCAACUAUGUUUGAUUCCAUUUUAAUGUGUUAAAUAUUUCCCAGUUGUAUUUUAAUCUAAUGGAGGAGGGAGGGUUGACAUCCCUGCCUUAUAGUAUCUCUAUAAAUCCCAAAUUCUCUUUUUCCCAAGUAGUUACCAGCCUGUUCGUGUUAGGGCCCUCUAUAUUCUACAUACCUGUCAGAAAAUAGGAAAUACCAGUCUCAGGCACUAAGAACCCAGUAUUUGUAAGGUCCAGUGCCAGCUACUAGAUACAGAAAAUUAGUUGCUGCCUUUGAGACAUUUGCAAUCUAAACAUGGAGGCAGAAAACAUAGAGUUAAAAUAAUAUGUUAAUUAGUGCUGGCAAUAUGUAUAAUUCAAAAGAAGGGCUAAUCACCUUGGG